CAUCGAUACUGAUAGUUAAAAACUUCUCCUCUCUAGAUGUGUUUUGCAAGCAAAAUUGAUGUAAUUUACCGCCGAUUAAUAUUAUCUUCGUUUUUCUCAAAAGGAUGGGGAGAUAUAAAUGUCUAUGAACGCCUUCUCGAAGCUCGCAAGACCGUUACUGACAGAGAAAAAUGCCACAAACUGAUUUCUUCAAGCUAUCCGGUUGAAUUGAACAAAUCAUGGACGAAAGAAUCAUUUUACAUCGCCGAAGGACACUUCACGUCACCUCUGGCCAGGUACUUUCCCGAUCUGUUACCCAAAGAAAGUGAAAAAGCCCACUUUCAGGUCAUUAUACCCAAAAAAUGGCCACGAAAUGGACACAAACCGGCGUGUCUACAUCUCGCGGGCACUGGUGACCACUACUUUUGGCGAAGAAGAAACCUUACGGCCAAACCUUUGGCGAAGCAAUAUGGUAUUGCGUCUUUGCUGUUGGAAAAUCCGUUUUACGGCAUGAGAAAACCGAAAAAUCAACUUCGAUCCAGCCUCCUGCAUGUGGUAGAUUUGUUUGUCAUGGGAGCAGCAUUGAUUUUAGAGUCACUUGUUCUCUUGAAGUGGUGUGAACAGCAGGGCUAUGGACCACUGGGAAUAACAGGGAUUUCCAUGGGUGGACACAUGGCUUCACUUGCAUGUACUGCCUGGACUAAACCACUUGCUAUUGUGCCUUGUCUCUCUUGGAGUACGGCAUCUUGUGUCUUUACUGAGGGUGUGAUGAGUCGUGCAUGUUCAUGGGAUACAUUAGAGAAACAGCUUUCAUGUGAAGACUACAGGAACAGUUUGUUAGAUUACAUCCCUCUUAGUGGAAAUGUAUUCACCAAAUUUGAUGCUGAUGAUUUAAGCAAAAGCUCUGUGAAUGGUUAUAGCGAUAUGAACUCACUAUCCCAAUCUUUGAUGGAACAGAAGGGGAAAAAUCUGGAUAACAGUGAAAUUCAGACACUCUUUCUGAAACAAGAGGAUAUCUUCAAUGGCUUGAAAACCAACAUUUUUGAGAACCUGCCAUCAAUCUUAAGAAACAUCAAUCUCAAGGAAGGUUUACCUGCCAAACAAUCAACUUUAGAUUUUAUGAAUUACGUUAUGGAUGAGGAAACACAUUUAAGAAAUUUUCCUCCACCUGUCGAUCCAAGUCUGGUUCAUUUUGUGGUAGCUAAAAACGAUGCUUAUAUUCCACGCAACAAUCAGACAAGUCCUUCUGACAUCUGGCCUGGGUGCACUGUGGAAUAUAUAGACAGUGGUCAUGUAGGAGGAUCACUGAAACAUCAGGAUGUAUUUAGAAGAGUAAUUUGGGAUACUUUAAGAAAACUCUCAUGAUGAUUUGUAUUGGACCACAAUUAUGAUUUUUUUCCUUCUCUCUAUUGAGUAAAAUCGUAUUUAAAAUUUCAUAGCAAAUUCAAUGGUUAUGAAUUGUAUACAGUAUUAUUUAACUCUUGGCACCAGUUGAAUUCACCAUAAUGGGUACUGUGUUUCUACAUUGGGCUCUUUUGGGCAAGUUUACGUGUUGAACCUUUCACUCUGAAGAUCUCAUUAGUGCAUGCAAAUUCCACUUACUGUAUACCAUAUAAUUCUCAUGAUGUUAGCUUGGAGGAUUUGUUAUUGGAUCAACUAAUAAUCCUCUGGUUGAUAUUGUAGUGCUGUUGUGAAGAGAAAUUAUAUCUUGCUCACCCAUGGGAAUAACAGGGUCAAUAAUACAAUAUGUGGUAGAGAAAGAUAAUAUUUGCUGACAGAAAAUGAUAACAUUAAUGUUACAGUGAUAAUAUUACUUGGCAAUUAUUAAGGAAAAUGUCUUAUUUUUUGAGGCAGGCAAAGAAACCAUCAUCCAGAUAUCUCUUACUUUUAUAAUGCAUGGGUAAUCAUAGGUGUGGUUGAAUUACAGAUGGGGCAAGGUUAUAGAUUUAGUACAUUCCCAUGGUCCUCAUUUGAAAGGAAUUCAGUUUUGUGUGGCCAAGGUUCUUUUAUUUUGAAAAAAUUCAAGAAAUGUGUUUCUAUAGGAUGAUAGCUUGUUAUUGAUGAAAUUCAAAUUACCAUGUGAUUUGAACUGUUUCUCUAUGAAUUUUAUUGUCUUUUACCACAAUUAAGACUCUGGUAUCUAUCUUAGGAGUGACAAGGAUCUAAUUUGUUGUUACAAUAUCACCCCCUGAAUCACACAUUAAUAGCAGGAGAAUAAAGGAAAUAAUCACCAACUAAUUAAAGAGGUUUUUGAUUCUUAAACAAAUUCUCCUUGUCAGCACCUAAGGAAAUGUAGAAAAAACGUUUUGAAGAAUUAGCCUUUUUUUGGUACAUCGAUUUCUCUGGUUUUUAAUGCAUUUCUUGGCUUUGAAAAUUUUUAUUACAAGGUUUCGUGUAAGUGUUGUGGAAAACCAGCUAUCCCACAUGUCAGAUUUGGAGCUUUCUCAGAUUAAUAGGGAAACAUUUUAAAUAACGUGAAUUUCUGUAACUUGAGUAAAUUUUAGUUAUCUUUAAUCAUUAG